GCUCUCUGCCAGCUCCGGGCGUGCCGUGCCGGCACCAUGACCAUCUUCUGCAGCCACUGCCACAGGCCGCUGCAGGCAGAGGCGAGCUGCCUGCCCAGGAGGGCUGGGUCGGCGCCGGGUGCCUCCAAGCCGUUCAGGUCGACCAAGAGCGCCUCGAAGGCUCGCCGGGACCAGAUCAACGCGGAGCUGCAGGCGCUGCGCUCCCUGCUGCCCAUCUCGGCGCGGGAGAAGGAGCGCCUCUCCUACCUCCACACCAUGGCCCUGGUGUGCCUCCGGCUCCGGGGCGCUCACCUCUUCCCUCCAGACUCGGCUCUCCCGGCGGGACCGGUGCUCGGUGCGGAGCUGCUCUCCCUGCUGCCGGGGUUUCUGCUGGUGCUCUCAGCCGGCGGCAAGCUGGUCUACAUCUCCGAGAACGUCUCCCAGGUCCUGGGCCUCUCCAUGGUGGAGCUCCUCGCCCAGGGGGACACAGUCUUUGACAUCUUGGAUGGGCGAACGCGGGAGGAUGCACGCAAGAAGCUCCUCCUGGCCCAGGAGCAGCCGGGCAGGGAAGUCACGUUUGUCAGCGAGAUGCGCACAUCCAAGGUCCUCCGGCUGCAGCAUGGGGGUAACCGGGCCGUGGCGGUGCGCGGGCGCUUCCUGGCCCCACGCUGGCCGGCCUCCCCCUCUGCAGCCUUCCUGGCCCUCUGCACGCCGGUCCCGCGGCUGGCUGCAGAGGGCGACGCCGGCUCUCAGGACGACCUGUUCCACAGCACGCAUGCCCUGGACAUGACAUUUACUGAUGUCACGGAGAGUGUCAUCUACCACCUCGGCUACCACAGGGAGGAGCUGGUCGGUCAGUCGUGGUACAGCCUCCUGCACCCCGAGGACACUGACAUAGCGGCUGCCCAGCACCGGGCUGUGGGUGAGUGUCAGGCCUGGAACUGUCCACUUGGGCUACACCCAAGACCAGGACGGCCGAGACAAAGCCGAUUUAGUCCUGCUCACUCCCCUAACACCUCCCCUUUCCCGCAGCGCUGGGCCCGGGGCCGGCAGGGAGCCCCGCGGUGCUGCGUGUGCUCCGCAGGGACCGCACCUGGGCCUGGCUCCGCGUGUGGGCGCGGCGGGGCCGCGGCCUCAUCGCCUGCUCCAGCCGCAGCCUCAGAUCCAUGUUUUAUGUCUUUUGAGGAGCGACUCCAGCUGCAGAGCAGUACGGGAACAAGAGUGAGCAAGCAGGUGACUGCUCAGAAGAAAACUGCCAAGCCCGCAUUGAAGGAGCAACGAAGCAAAAAGGGGCCAGUGGAGAUGUCUGCCAAGAAACCCGUGCCUUUUCUGCGACAAGUUGUCCCUGUCACAAAGAAGAUCCACAGAGACCCUCGAUUUGAUGACCUGUCUGGAGAGUAUAACCCUGAAGUGUUUAUGAAGACGUACAGCUUCCUGGACACCAUCAAGAAGCGGGAGAAGGAGAUGAUUCAGAAGCAGCUGAAGAAAUGCCGGGACGCAGAGCAGAAGGAGAAGCUGCAGCAGCUCCUGAACCGCAUGACGCAGCAAGAGCAGGCACAGAAAAACCAGCAAAAACGGAGGGAGAGGGAGCUGUCUUUGAAGAGACAACAACGGGAAUUGGCCAAGCAGGGGAAGAAACCCUUCUUCCUGAAGAAAUCUGAGAAGCGGAAAUUGGAGCUGGCAGAGAAGUAUGCAGAACUGAAGAGGAGCGGAAAGCUGGAGAGCUUCCUGAACAAGAAAAGGAAGAGGAAUGCCAUCAAAGACAAGCGCCGGCUGCCCUCGCAGAAGAACUUGUGACGGCUGGACAGGCGUGCUGCUGCCUGGAGAGGUGGGGCUGCUGCUGGGAUUCCCUCUGCCCUGGCCAGGUCUGGGAAGUGGCCCCCCAUCUUCCUGCCAUCACUGUACGGUGAUGCUGUUAGGCUCCAGACCUUGCACCUGCU